UGGCUUUUGUUCUAUUUUAAAUGGAUAUUUAUUUGUACAUAUGCAUGAAUGUGUGCGUAUUAUCUUUUAGGACGAGCUAGUUACAUUUCUAUCACUUUUCAUUAGCAUUACAAAUGGAUGUUGUGAUAACAUUGUGAAAUUAAUUGCAUGCUAAAAUAUGUCUUCGCGCAAAUACAUAUAUAAAAGGAAAUGUUUGUGCCAAAUAAACUUCAUAAAAUGAACUAAUAUGUACACGUACGUGGAAAUGAAUCGCGUUAAUUUUUCAAUUGUUUUCGGUGUUAAUAUCGUGUUAUUACUAUUUGUUGGAAGUGCUUUUACGAAUCCAACGAAAACCGAAGAACUCAACAUCGAAGAUUUUGAAAACUAUAAUAACGAGAUCAAUGUAGAGGACGAAGAGGCGGAUGCAAAAAACCGUAAUGCCGUGAAUUCGCCAUUACAACGUUGGCCAAGUAACAUACUUCUCUAUAGAAUCUCAACUGAUUAUAACAAGGAUGAAGUAGAUAAUGUACAUGCGGCAUUGCAGGUAUUCAAUGAAAGCACCUGUUUAGUAUUCAAACAAUAUGACCCACGUAUUCAUGGAAACUCUAAACAUAUCUACUACAAGAAAUCACCGAACAUGUGUGGCACCAAAGUUGGCUUUAAUCCGCUAUCUCCUAUGGGGCCUCAUGACAUCGUCUUAAAUCCAUAUUGCUUAAGUGAACGUGGCGUCAUUCAACACGAAACUCUUCAUGUCCUUGGUCUUUACCACGAACAGAGCCGGCCGGAUCGUAACAAAUACGUGCAAAUCGAAUAUUCCAAUAUUCCUCAACAGUAUUGGUCCCAGUUCAUCGCUUAUCCCGAAAUGUAUACUACCACCUACAACGUCAAGUACGACUACGAGAGUCUUAUGCAUUAUUCACAGUUCGCCUUCGCGAAAGACAGCACAAAGCCAUCGAUGCGUGCAAGGAAUGGGACUAUGGUGAUAGAACGCAAAAUGGGACAAAUUGUUGGACCUUCUGAAGGAGACUUGACGAAAAUUAGAUUGAUGUACAAAUGUAAUUAGUGGAAAAAAUGUUUGAUACAAAUAAUAUUUUAUUAAGUCAAU